GCGUUCAAUUUCCGCUGUAAAUUUCCGGUUUAGGGUGUAUCGCACACUGUAUUUUGUACAUUGUUUUUUUAAAGUAUCCUAAGUAAAGUCCAAAAAAAUGGACGUAAACAAAGAGAUUGGACAUUUAAUUGAUGCUAUUCAGAGAUUAGGUACAGAAAAUUCUGACAAACAACAUGAAGUAACCUUUGGUGUAUUGUUUAAUGAUGAUGAUUGUGCCAACCUUUUUGAAGCAAUGGUAGGAACAUUACGGGCAGCUAAGAGAAAGAAGAUUAUUACUUAUGAUGGUGAACUACUGCUACAAGGAGUGCAUGACAAUGUUAAAAUAACUUUACUGAAGACAGAAGUUUGAUAAUACUGGAUUUUAGCUUCAUUUAACAAAUUGCAAUGUCUUUCAGUUGAAUAGGCACAUAUAUAAUUUGUGUGACAUACAUUUUGUAAGCUAUUUUUUAUAAGUCAUUUUUUUCAAGUUAAAAUAUUUGAUAUUUUUAGUACAUUUGUAGAUGUUAUUAAAAUGAUAUUAGACAACAAAAAAUAUGUCUGGUUUCCUGCCUUCUGUCUGAAAAAAAAAGUCAGUCGGUCGAAUUUCUAUUUAUUUUAUUGUUUAUCAACAAAAUUUGGAAAUAGUAAAUUGUACAUGUUUUCUAUAAGUCCAACCUUGAUUUUCACAAAUAUAAUGGCAGCAUGUACAAUGUAUAAUGGUAUAUUUGUAAUUUUCAAUUGUUUUGCAACUUUUCAAUCAAUUUUUGGUCAAUUUUAUUAUCAAGAAUCCAUUGAAAAUAGGAUUUGUAAACUACUCAAAUGACACAAAGCUCUAUUCUUGAAUACUCUUUUGAUUCUGUUAGAUCAGUGAUAAGAUGUAAGGUCAAUACGGAUGCAAGAAAACAGACAUAUUUAUGUUUUAGUCUUAUAGAUAAAGUGUGCAAUAUAUUGCUUAAUAGUCUUGUUAAGAAUUAUUAAAGAACAGGACAGAAUUUUGUUUUUUUUAUUGUCUUAAUUUCUAUCAUUAAAUGGCUUGGAAGCCAUUUUAAAAUAAAUUAUAGCUUUGGCUAAAUGUUCUGUCUAAGUCCUAGUACUGUAUCAUACUUAUUUAACAGUUACUUCAUAUUGUCUUCCCCUAAAUCCAUCAGAUAUAUUGAAAGGUUAUGUAUUAUUGUUAUGGUCAGAUUUUUCUCAUUAGAUAACUUAUCAUUAUAUGCCCUUUUUCAGACAAUCCAUUUUCAAGGUUGUAAGGAAUUCCUUUGUGCUUAAGUAGAGAGACUUUUAUAAAUUCAACAUGUCAAUCGGUUUCAAAAAGGCAAUUUUAAAUUUUCAUCCCACCACAAAACAAGCAGUCUGGAGAACUAUCCUUAUUAAGGAUACAAAAAUAAUUUCAAUGGUAUACAGUUUGAAUGUGGUCUACUUAAUUUUAAGUUCUUACCAAAGAAUGAUUUUAACAUGACAUUUUGCUAUAAAUUUGUAUUUUUUGUGGAACAUCAUGUCAAAAUCAUUAGAAAAAAAAUGUUAUAUAUAAUACUUUCAUAUAUCUGUUUGAAAGUGUAAUAUUGCUAAUGUUGGGGGUUUUAUACUGUAAAUUCAGACAUUAUUGCGUACAUUUAUUUUUGCGAUUUUACAAAAUGGACAAAAUUGCAAGAUUAACUAUUGGGAUUUAAGGCAAAUCUGCGUAGAGAUAUAUGUAGCAGAUACCAAUAUGUGAGUUCUUAUUAUUGUAAUACUCAACCAGUUCAGUUGCAUUAUUGGCAUUAAUAAAAACCUUGCAACAAUUUCUGAAUAUACAGAAUCAAGAAUAAAAAUUAUUUUUAUAAAUGUAUUAUGUAAAUGAGUGGGACAAAUAUUUUUAUCACAGUAUAUAAUUAUGUAGUGUAAAUGAAUCUUUAUUUUCUAGUUAAGCUCACAGAAGGACACAUUAAAAUAGGUUUUGUUAUUUGAAAUUUUAUUGAAAUCCCUUCAAUAAAAGUUAAAAAUACAGAAACAGAUUUAAUUUUAACAGAUAUAUUUGUAGUAAAAAAAUGGGGAAAAUAAAUUCCUACUUUUAGUAGGUUGACGUAUAAAACAUAGUGACUUGCUGUUUAACAUCAAGUGAUGUGCCAAAGGUGUCAAAUACUACAUAAUUUGAAAUGGUGAAAUUACUUUGAAACUUGAGACACAACUAAUAACUUAUGGAAGUAAUUUGAUCUUAUAACAUACAACAAAGAAAUUACACAAUUAAUGUGUAGAUUUGCUUCUAUGUUUUUAAUCUUAUUACAUAUAUGCUGAUAGGUUUAAGCUUGAUACAUUUACUUGGACUAAAGCAGAAUAAUAGUGCUUUGGAAUGUUUAGGAUCAGUUAGGUAAUGGAAAUGUGAGUUUAUUGCUAUUGAUAUGAUGUUUUGUGUAUUUGAUAAUUAAUGAGUUUCUGUUAAUUUAUCUUUAUGCAGAAAACUUGCAUUUGAAUAUUAAAUUUAUAUGAUAAUUA